AAUCAAUGGAUUCAAUUCUGAGGUCUGACGAAGAUUAUUUCGAUUCCGACUCAUCAUCGUCGGGAGAGGAAGCUGAGACUUCUAAAGGUACUGUAUGAUAUUUGCUCCUUUUACGGGCAAGGAUAAUCAUGGUCGCCCUGUGACAUUUGCUGCUGGCCUUUUGUCCAAGGAAAAUGCCAACUCCUUUUCAUGGUUAUUUAACCAAUUUGUAAAGUAUAUGGGUGUGGCUCCCAAACUCAUCGUAACUGACCUAGACUUAGGAAUGAAAGUUGCUAUUGAGGAGGUCCUUGUCAAUAUAAGACACCGGUGGUGUAUGUGGCACGUUAUGAAUAAAGUUGCUGACAAAUUGCCAAAGAACAUGCUUGGUAGUGAAGAACUAAAGAAGGAACUGAAUGCAUGUGUAUGGUCGGAGUUCAUAGAACCUGAUGCAUUUGAAGAAACUUGGCAUGCUAUAAUGGAAAGAUAUGGGCUGGCCAAUAAUGACUGGUUUUCACCAAUGUUUGCAUCCAGAAAGUUUUGGGGUCUAGCCUUUUUCUGUGAUUUUCCGAUGAGUUCGUUGAUAAAGACAACUUCUUUGUCUGAAUCACAUAAUAGCUUCUUUAAAAGGUACUCAAUGUCUCGGGCUAACCUUAUGCUAUUUUAUAUGAACUAUAACCAUGCUUUGGAGACUCAAAGAAGUAAUAGCGCAAACCUUGAAUACUAUGAUUCAACAAAAGUGCAUAUUUUGCGACCAGAAUUGGAAAUCAAGAAACAUGCAUCAACGAUAUAUAGUGGUAGUGCUUAUAAUGCAAUUCAAGAAGAGAUAGUUUAUGCAUGUUUCUCUUUGUCUUGUCCAACUCUAGGAGUGUCUACCAAUAGAGAGAUUGAAGUAUACAACGUAAAUGACAAGAAUUCAAACUCAUGGACAGUGACUUACUCCAUUGGUGAUGACACCUAUUUGUGUGGAUGCAAAAAGUUUGAGAGACUUGGUCUAUUCUGCAGUCAUAUAUUUUGUGUGUUGAAAUAUAAGUUUGUUAAGUUGAUACCCGAUAAGUUGCAUGGAGGGAGAUGGUUGAGUCACAGUUUGUGAAGCCAAUACAUGGAGGUUUUUGUGAUGAUCAAGAAAUACACCUUGUUGUGGAUAAGAAGAAGAUUGCAUUUAAAAACUUGUAUGCAUUAUUCAUUGAAACAGCACAAAGUAUUGAAGGCAACAUUGAUCAAAUCAAUGCAUUUUCUGCAAUUAUUGAAGAAGGUAAGAAGCAGCUUCUCGGAGAAGAUGUUGUUCUAUCUUCGACAGAGAAGAUAGCAUUGAUU